UUGAGCGCACACAGUGCACCUUCACCGCCUCGCCGGAUGGGCUGCUCAUUCAGAGCCCCAGCAGCCAGCGCUCAGCCCCGAGACAGCACUCAAUAAACACUACAGCCCUGAGACAGCACUCAAUAAACACUUUGACGCGACUGGAUGUUUUACAGAACCGAUGCGUGAGGAAAUGUCGAGUGUGGUGUGUGUGAAGGAGGUGGAGGGGCAGGGUGACCCUGCAGAGAAGCUGUCCCAAGAUGAGCUGCUGUGUCGGACACGGGAGGUGAUGCAGGGGCUGGAGGCUCUGCGUGCUGAACACCAGGCCAUCCUGGAGGGUCUAAUGGGAACACUGCGUUGCCUCAAACAAACCCAGGAAGGCCGUGCUGUCGAGGAGAAGACUGUCAUGAUUCAGCGCUCGCUGGAAAUGUUAGAGCUCGGUCUUAGUGAAGCACAGGUAAUGAUGGCUCUUUCAGGGCACCUGAGUGCAGUGGAGGCUGAGAAACAGAAGCUUCGAGCACAGGUCCGGCGGCUAUGCCAGGAGAAUCAGUGGCUGCGUGAUGAGCUGGCAGGCACACAGCAGCGGCUGCAGAAGAGUGAACAGAGCGUGGCCCAGCUGGAGGAGGAAAAGAAGCACCUGGAGUUCAUGAAUCAGCUAAAAAAAUAUGACCAGGAUCUCAGCCCAACAGAUGAUAAAGACUCUGACUCGAGCAGGGAGACUCUGGAUGAUCUUUUCCCUGAUGAUCAGGAUGAACCAGCCUCUGGCAUCCAGCCCCCACACAGCAGUGCUGUAGCAGCAGCUCAGCAGGGAGGCUAUGAGAUUCCCGCCCGGCUCCGAACCCUGCACAACCUGGUGAUCCAGUAUGCCUCUCAGGGCCGCUAUGAGGUGGCUGUGCCGCUGUGUAAACAGGCGCUGGAAGACUUGGAGAAGACCUCGGGCCACAACCACCCUGAUGUCGCCACAAUGCUUAACAUUCUUGCCCUCGUCUACAGGGACCAGAAUAAGUACAAAGAGGCUGCGAACCUUCUGAAUGAUGCACUUGAUAUCAGAGAGAAAACACUGGGCAAAGACCAUCCUGCGGUGGCCGCUACACUGAAUAAUUUGGCUGUACUUUAUGGGAAGCGUGGGAAAUACAAAGAGGCAGAACCACUUUGCAAAAGGGCACUGGAAAUCAGAGAAAAGGUGCUAGGGAAGGACCACCCAGAUGUGGCGAAGCAGCUAAAUAACCUGGCUUUGCUGUGUCAGAACCAGGGCAAGUAUGAUGAGGUGGAAUAUUAUUACCAGAGAGCCCUUAACAUCUAUCAGACCAAGCUGGGUCCUGAUGACGCCAACGUAGCCAAGACCAAAAACAAUCUGGCCUCAUGUUAUCUGAAGCAAGGGAAGUUUAAGCAAGCAGAGACUCUCUAUAAAGAAAUCCUAACAAGAGCCCAUGAGAGGGAGUUUGGCUCCGUGGAUGGUGAGAACAAGCCAAUCUGGAUGCAUGCAGAGGAGAGAGAGGAACAGAGUAAAGGAAAGCAGAAAGAUGGCUCCCCAUAUGUAGAGUAUGGUGGCUGGUACAAAGCCUGCAAAGUGGACAGCCCCACUGUAACGACCACACUGAAGAACCUGGGUGCUCUGUACAGGCGGCAGGGCAAGUUUGAGGCCGCUGAGACUCUGGAGGAAGCUGCAAUGCGCUCCAAAAAAAAGGGUCUGGACUCAGCCCAUAAACAGCGUGUGGCGGAGGUUCUGGGGGAUCCAGAGGCUCAGGAGAAGCAGCGUAGUAGAGAGAGUCUGAUAUCUGACACGGUCAAGUACGAGAGUGGCCCAGAUGGAGGAGAGGAAGUGAGUAUGAGCGUCGAAUGGAAUGGGGAUGGCUCGGGAUCAUUAAAGCGCAGCGGCUCUUUCAGUAAACUCCGAGCCUCAAUUCGCCGUAGCAGUGAGAAACUCGUCCGCAAGCUCAAAGGAGGCAGCUCACGAGAAAACGAACCUAAGAAUCCUGGCAUGAAGAGGGCCAGCUCUCUGGGGGUUCUCAACGUACCGGACAAACCUGUGGGCGAACUCUUCAAAGAACGAAAUAAUCGUCUGAGGAAGAGUCGGGAUCUGAGUGCCAGUCACACUGACCUAGCGCAUUGAAGCUCUGCAUAGCAUGUGGUGGUGAAAUUGAGAGGGUUCAAGUGAGGGCACGGACUGAGGCAACUUCUACACCCUUCUCUCAACCUCGACUCUUAUUUUUCCGUAGGAAGCCCUUUACAGACAUUUUACCUUUACUUGCUUUUACUUUCCAGAACUAAGCAAACAAUUUGUAACUUGUGUAAUGUCUUUGGACAACACUAGAAAUUAUACGAUCACCUGCUGAAUAAGUGGAACUAACAAUCAUGCAUUCUCAACCCACUCCCAGACCCAAAAGUGUGAGUACUGAAAUGCAUUUUGCAAUGCACCUGUGAACCUGCAGGUCAAACUCAUCAAAUAAAAUUUAACGUGGCACAUUAUUCAGGCUCAGGCUAGGGAUUUACACAUUCAUUGCACUUUCAACCCAAUAAUUAAUGUUUUGUCUGUCCUUUUAUUUUUUUAUUAGUUUUUAUCAUCUCUUUGUCUCACGUGUGUGUGUGUGUGUGUGUGUAGGAUAUGGUAACCUGACUGUGAUUUUGGAUGUGUGCGUCUAGUUGUGGGAAAUGUGCUUUAUUCCUAUUUGUUAAUUUUUUACCCAGUUCAUUUUUAGUAACAUUAGACAUUCAGCUUCAUAAGUUUGUCCUGCGGCGGCACGGUGGUGUAGUGGUUAGCGCUGUCGCCUCACAGCAAGAAGGUCCGGGUUCGAGCCCCGUGGCCGGCGAGGGCCUUUCUGUGCG